UGGAACGACUGGGCUAGCUCCGUUCACAUCUGCUAGCUGGUGAACAAAAAAACUGCACAUUUGACCUGCUUCACGCACUGGAUAACACAAUAAGCGGCAUAUCCAGGAAUAUUAAACAUUUGAAGUCUGGAGAAUUGUCGAAAGGGAUUUCAGAAAUACGCAAAUCCCUGGUUGUCAAGAUGACGAGGGGCCCCAGAGCAGUAUAAGCUGUGGCGGACCAAUCCGAGGCUUCAGGAGACCAAAAUCGUUAACGCAGACGGUGCCAUGAACAUACCCAGCUGUCCACGUACCACUUGACCGCUUUGACGCAGUCCUCUUCGGCGCACUGUCAUCCUCCCCCCUGCCCCCUGUUUUCCGAAAACAGCAACCGUAGGCGCAUGCCUCAAAACGGACAGUAUAUAUUGCUACAACAUUGCCUUACAUUUCCUACAAAGCUGGAUUCAAGGGACUGGGAUUUUUAUUUUGGAAUAAGGGGUUGAGUUGGGCGACGGAACGCUGGGCUAAAAUUAUCAUUAUUUCCUUACCUGUCCUCUAUCCUACUUUUUCUCUUUGAGUCCCAGAGGCCCCGACCAAUGGAGAGGCGAAGGAGAGAGUCAGGAUAAAGCAGCUGAAAAAGUGAGCGAAUUCAGAAGACGAAAAGAAAACCGCUGAAUCGGCAGGUUGGAAUCUGGAACCGGGUUUCUCACACCACCCCCAUCCCCAGGGACUCUGUAGCCAGUGUCGGUCAUAACAGUUGUGUACACUUGAACAGAAUAAACAAAAGCACCAGCGGCAGCUUGGCGAGCUGAGGCCGAGGUCCAUCCCACUGCGGAUUCGAACCAACACGACCAGCCGCAUUUGAGGAAUUGUAACCAUGACGGGGGGUUUGAGGUUUCCCACGUGGCCCUUGGCGGUCCUGAGUGUGCUGGCCGUGGCCCGGGCGCUGGAGUUCGGCGGGACCCCAGGCCAGUGGGCCCGCUACGGCCGCUGGGAGGCGGGGUCGGUGGGCGAGCUCAGCUUCAGCCUCAAGACCAACGUCAGCAAGGCCCUGGUCCUCUACCUGGACGACGGCGGCAACUGCGACUUCAUGGAGCUCCUGAUCGCCGACGGGCGCCUCCAGCUGCGCUUUGCCAUCCACUGCGCCGAGCCGGCCGCCCUGCACAUGGAGACGCGGGUCAGCGACGACCGCUGGCACAUGGUGCUGCUCACCCGGAACUUCCGCGAGACCCUGCUGAUGGUGGACGGCGAGACCAAGGUGGCGGAGGUCAAGUCCAAGCGGAAGGAGAUGGCCGUGGUGAGCGACCUCUUCGUGGGCGGCAUCCCGCCCGACGUGCGCCUCUCCGCGCUCACCUCCAGCACGGUGAAGUACGAGCCGCCGUUCCUGGGCCUGAUCUCCAACCUGAAGGUGGGCGAGAUCCCACCGACCCUGCUCAACAGCCAGGGCAUCCAGAGUGACCUGGAGUACCUGUGCACCAAGCAGAAUCCGUGCCUCAACGGGGGCUUCUGCUCCAUCCUGUACGGCGAGGUGCACUGCGACUGCACGCACACCCGCUUCAGGGGCAAAUACUGCAAAGAAGAAGAGUACGUCGUCGAAGGUCUGGCGCACCUGACGUUAAACAACCAAGGUGAAUCAUCACAGGCCGGGAAGGAGGAGUCGGUGGCCACCUUCAAGGGAAACGAGUUCUUCUGCUACGACCUGUCGCUGACGCCCAUCCAGAGCAGCACGGACGAGAUCACGCUGUCCUUCCGCACGCUGCAGCGCAACGGCCUCAUGCUCCACACGGGGAAGUCGGCGGACUACGUCAACCUGUCGCUGAAGAGCGGCGCCGUCUGGCUGGUCAUCAACCUGGGGUCCGGGGCCUUCGAGGCCCUGGUGGAGCCCGUCAACGGGAAGUUCAAUGACAACGCCUGGCACGACGUGCGCGUGACACGCAACCUGCGCCAGCACGCAGGCAUUGGACACGCUAUGGUAAACAAACUGCAUUACAUGGUGACCAUAUCGGUGGAUGGUAUUUUGACCACCACUGGUUACACCCAGGAGGACUACACGAUGCUGGGGUCAGACGACUUCUUCUACAUCGGGGGGAGCCCCAACACGGCAGACCUGCCGGGGUCACCCGUCAGCAACAACUUCAUGGGCUGCCUCAAAGACGUGGUGUACAAGAACAACGACUUCAAGCUGGAACUCUCCAGGCUAGCCAUCGAGCGAGACCCGAAAAUCAGCCUGAACGGCGACCUGGUCUUCCGCUGCGAGGACGUGGCCGCCCUGGACCCCGUCACCUUUGAGACCCCGGAGUCCUUCAUCGCCCUGCCCAAGUGGAACACCAAGAAAACGGGCUCCAUCUCCUUCGACUUCCGCACCACGGAGCCCAGCGGCCUGCUCCUGUUCAGUCACGGCCGACCCCACGGGCCCAAAGAGCCGAAGCUGGGCCGGGACAUGAAGGCCGACUACUUUGCCAUGGAGCUCCUGGACGGGUUCCUCUACCUGCUGAUGGACAUGGGCUCGGGGAGCAUCAAGCUGAAGACCAGCAACAAGAAGGUGAACGACGGAGAGUGGUGCCAUGUGGACUUCCAGAGGGAAGGGAGGAAAGGCUGCAUCUCAGUGAACAGUCGCAGCAUCCCCUUCAACUGCAACGAGGGCAGUGAAAUCUUGGACCUGGACAGUGACAUGUUUCUGGGAGGUCUCCCCGAGAGCCGCUCUGACCUGGUGCUUCCCCCGGAGGUCUGGACCGCCCUCCUCAACUACGGUUACGUGGGCUGCGUCCGCGACCUCUUCAUCGACGGCAAGAGCCGGGACGUGCGGCGCCUGGCAGAGAUCCAGAGCUCCCCGGGUGUGAGCAGCUUCUGUACCCGCGAGCUGCAGAAGAGAUGCAGCAGCGCCCCCUGUGGGAAUGGAGGCCUGUGCAAAGAGGGAUGGAACCGCUACAUAUGUGACUGUACUGGUACCGGCUACCUGGGCAGCAACUGUGAGAUCGAGGCGACGGUACUGAGCUACGACGGCAGCAUGUACCUGAAGAUCAUCAUCCCAGGGACAAUGCACACGGAGGCGGAGGACGUGGCGCUGCGCUUCAUGUCCCAGCGAGCCUACGGUCUCCUCAUGGCCACCACCUCCAAAGAGUCGGCCGACACGCUGCGUCUGGAGCUGGAAGGGGGCAGGGUCAAGCUGACCGUCAACUUAGAUUGUAUCAGGAUAGACUGUAAUCUCAGUAAAGGGCCCGAGACGGUCUUCGCCGGCCAGAAGCUGAACGACAACGAGUGGCACACGGUGAAGGUGGUGCGCCGAGGAAAGAAUCUCCAGCUGUCAGUGGACAAUGUGACUGUAGAAGGGCAGAUGACUGGCGCCCACACGCGGCUGGAGUUCCACAACAUCGAGACGGGCAUCAUGACGGAGCGGCGGUUCAUCUCCGUGGUGCCGUCCAACUUCAUCGGCCACCUCCAGGGCCUGACGGUGAACGGCGUGCCCUACCUCGACCAGUGCAAGAACGGCGACAUCUCCUACUGCGAGCUCAACGCCCGCUUCGGCAUGCGCCACAUCAUCGCCGACCCGGUGACGUUCCGGUCGAAGGCGAGCUACCUGGCGCUGGCCACGUUGCAGGCCUACGCCUCCAUGCACCUCUUCUUCCAGUUCAAGACCACCACCUCCGACGGCCUGUUGCUGUUCAACUCGGGGGACGGCAGCGACUUCAUCGUCGUGGAACUGGUCAAAGGCUACGUCCACUACGUCUUCGACCUGGGCAACGGCCCUUCCCUGAUGAAGGGCAACUCGGAUAAGCCGCUCAACGACAACCAGUGGCACAACGUGGUGGUCUCCCGGGACGCCAACAACGUGCACACGCUCAAGAUCGACUCGCGCACCGUCACCCAGCACUCCAACGGAGCCCGCAACCUGGACCUGAAAGGGGAGCUGUACAUCGGUGGCGUGGGGAGGAGCAUGUACAACAGCCUGCCCAAGCUGAUCGCGUCCCGGGACGGGUACCAGGGCUGCCUGGCCUCGGUGGACCUCAAUGGGAGACUGCCGGACCUGAUCGCAGACGCCCUCCACAGGGUGGGCCAGGUGGAGAGAGGCUGCGACGGACCUAGCACCACCUGUACGGAGGACUCCUGCUACAAUCAGGGCGUGUGUCUCCAGCAAUGGGAGGGCUUCUCCUGUGACUGCACCAUGACGUCCUAUGGAGGCUCCUUCUGUAGCGACCCUGGGACGACCUAUAUCUUCGGGAAAGGAGGAGCCCUCAUCACGUACACAUGGCCCCCCAACGACCGGCCCAGCACGCGGGCAGACCGGCUGGCGGUGGGCUUCAGCACGCAGCUGAAGGAGGCCGUGCUGGUCCGGGUGGAGAGCGCCAAGGGACUGGGAGACUACCUGGAGCUGCACAUAGAACGAGGAAGGAUCGGCGUCAUCUUCAACGUCGGAACGGACGACAUCGUCAUCGAGGAGAGCGCCGUGACGGUGAGCGACGGCAAAUACCAUGUCGUGCGCUUCACGCGCAGUGGUGGCAACGCUACCCUGCAGGUGGACAGCCAGCCCGUCAUCGAACGCUUCCCCUCAGGGAACUUUGAUAAUGAACGCCUGGCUAUUGCUAGACAAAGAAUCCCAUACCGACUUGGUCGGGUAGUUGACGAGUGGCUACUUGACAAAGGUCGACAGUUGACCAUCUUCAACAGCCAGGCGUUCAUCAAGAUCGGUGGCGGCGGCGGGGACAAGGCCCGGCACUUCCAGGGCCAGAUCUCGGGCCUCUACUACAACGGCCUGCAGGUGCUCAAGCUGGCGGCCGAGGGCGACCCCAACGUGCAGGCCCAGGGCAACCUGCGGCUGGUGGGCGACGUGCCCUCGGUGCUCGCCACGGACACCACCAGCACCACGCCGCUGGCCGACAUGUCCACCACCAUCAUGGAGACCACCACCACCAUGGCUACCACCACCACGCGCAAGCAGCGCUCGCCCACCAUGCGGGACAGUGUCACGCAGAACUCGGAUGAACUGUUAGUAGCGUCGGCCGAGUGUCCGAGCGAUGACGAGGACCUGGAGGAGUGUGAGCCUGGAAAUGGAGGUGAAUUAGUGUUGCCCAUUAUAACAGUGGAUUCCCUAGACCCCCCCUCUAUCGCCACGCGCUACCCCGUCAUCCCCCCGCCCCCCACCUACCGCCCCUUCCUCCCCUUCCUCGAGACCACCAAAGAGUCCCUCCCCCUGCCCAAUGGCCGCCCCCCAUGCCCACUGGACCAGGAGGACUGCGAGGAGGCGGGGCCUAUCGAGGUGUCCGCCUACGGCUCGGGCGAGAUGACCGAGUCGGACGACGAGGACUAUUAUAAAAACUCCCCCCUCGUCACCGACCGGACGGUCCUGCCGCCUCCCCCCAACGAGGGCGGUGUCCAGAAUCCCCGGGACCGCCACUUCUCCCACCGCCCCCCCCAGUCCUCCACGCCCACGGCCAACCCCGACCCACUGGGCCCCCGGCUCAACAAGCCGGGCGGCAGCAGCAGCAACAUCCCCGCCGGCAAGAUGAACACCCGGGACCAGGUGCUGCUGCCGCCCGUCCACCCGUCCUCCGACCCUGACCGCCACCACCACGUCCCAGGCGUAACAUACCCUGCCAAUCUCCCCCAUGUGCCCACUUCAGACCCCACGUCCCCGGAGAGGGGCGGCCCGCCGGGCGCGGUCGAGGUGAUCCGGGAGUCCAGCAGCACCACGGGCAUGGUGGUGGGCAUCGUGGCGGCGGCCGCCCUCUGCAUCCUCAUCCUGCUCUACGCCAUGUACAAGUACCGCAACCGGGACGAGGGCUCCUACCAGGUGGACCAGAGCCGCAACUACAUCAGCAACUCGGCCACGCAGAGCAACGGCACCCUGGUGAAGGAGAAACAGUCGGGCACCGCCAAGACAGCCACCAAGAACAAGAAGAACAAAGAUAAGGAGUACUACGUCUGAGAUCGGCCUAGCCAGAGACAGAGCAUGAGAGGAGGUUCACGGAGAGAGAGGGCGAGGGAGGAGGAGAGACGAGGGGACUGGAGGAGGUCAAGGAGGGGAAGGGGAAGGCAGUAUAGGAACUGAGGGCUGUAGAGUAAUGAGUUAAAUCAUUGUUGGCAGUUUUAUGUCGUUUAGUAUUUAGGUUUUCUUGCUGCCAAAAUUACCAUCUAGAUUUCCUUCUCAAACCAUGAAGAGACAAGCAAAGGAAGAAAGGAUGGGAUUGGCAAAGAAAUAGAUUUUUUUCUUUUUUACAUCUGCAUAUCAUCUAAACAUCAUUCUAUUUUUGGCGGGAUAUUCUUCUUCAUUAGAGUAAUAUUCUUUCUCAUAUAGGUCAGUUGUCUUCAGGGUUGUUUUUUUUACAAAGUAAGACAAAGCCUUGGUUACAACAAAUGGCCGCCAAACCUUUCUCAAUACAACAUAAUUGUGCCAACAUCCAUAGUCACAUGACCUGCCACAAUGGAGCCUGCUAGUCCAGCACUGUUUAACGAAUAUUGUGCUGUAUACAGGCUACAAUAGGAGUUAAAGCACGGUGACUGACGCCAGAGACACAAAGAUCACAAACCACCAUCAGUGUUUGAGCACAGGCCUAUUAUUUGGUAUCAGGGGCUAAGUAGCUGGUCUGAACAGAUAGAAGCUAACAAUUGUGAACGUAUUUAUUCUAUCUAAGGAGAUAGUUUUGUAUUGGAAGUUGAAACCCCAGUGCUAGCCAAGUACAGUAACAACAACAUACUGCCAAACUACAGAAACUAGGUGUCUGCCUCCUCCUUUCAUCCAAAUAUUUAAACACCACCUCACUCAUGUCUCGUAAAGUCUCUCUCUCUCUCCCCCCCUUCUCUUUCACUAACGCGCUCUCCUUCUCUCCCUGUCUGUGGUUUCCGAGGAGCUAAUACAACAUUAUUCUGCUGUGUUUCAAGCAUGUAGUAUUCAUUUACGAAAAAAGAGAUAAACUGUUUCUGUGGAGAAAAUACAAAUAAUUAUGAUGAUGAUGAUUGAUAACGUUUAACUAGCGAACCAUGUGUGAGAACAACUCAAACCAACCAACGGAUGCUACGUAUUGCGUUUUAAUACCGCCAAAACAACUGAGGCCGAAACCCUGGGUCGUCUUUCAGUUUUCCAACAGAUAUCCAUCGUGUUUUUCUGGGGCUCCGCGCAGCAUUUCCCCUGACUAAAGCCCACUACCACAGAGGAACCGGCUCACGUCGCCACAGUACUCUCCCGCACAGACCAGUAACCAACCUCCUGCAGACAAACUGACUGUGUUCCUUAUAAAUAUAUACUGUGUACGUAUUGACGUCUUGAGAGAGAAGAAAAACCUUAUGGACCUGACUGAAAGCGUAUAGUGUGAGGAGGAAUUCGCCCACAUGCAUCAGUGGACCGUGUGACAGAUGGUGAAGAUGAUGGACGAUUGAUGCUUUGACGUGAGACCGACUCCUCCCAGCACCCGCUAAUCCCCCAAAUCAUGCACACUAUGACCAACUCUCAACAACAGUGGUAAUCGCAGACAGAAGAGUGGGACAAUGUGUUUUUUUUCCUUUUCUGUUUUGUUCUGGGGGGGGGGGUUGUUCCCUGAAGGAGAGACAUUUGAUGGAAAUUGUGAAUUAUUUUGCUGGAGUCCCACUAUUGCCCCCUAGUGUUGGGGAUAGAGCGUACGUUACCUUGGAUCUGCAUUCUUGCCUCUCAUUGGUCGAGACUGAUAAAUGCUAAUGAGGGCAGGCCCAGUGAAAAACUUUCAAUAGAAAAAAAACACAGAACGAGGAGAACCACAGUUCCCUUGCAGAUGUACAGGAACUCUAGUAUUCCAAUUUUCUCAGCUCUAAUAAAAAAGAAAACUGUACCACGAAAAGAAAAGAAAAACCUUCAAAAAAAAAGUUUGUGAAAUGUCUAAAUAUUUGAAUCUCUCAUCCCAUUACUAAGAAAAUAUGUGUUUUCCCUUUUAUCAUUCCUGUUUGGAGAAAAAAUAAUGACAAAGAUAAUUGAUUUUGGGAAAUUGGAAAUUUGUAUGUUCUUUUUUUUGUUUGUUAAUUGAGCAAAUGUGAUUUGGGUAACAAACAUUGAACCGUGUUUUCUCCUUGUCAGCGCGGAGAAGAGAUCCUUUUCUCCAUCCCUUCUGCCGCCAUCUUUAUCCAUUCUGGUCCAACAUCAAUCCUUUCAUCCCUCUAAAUCUCAUCCUUGUUUCCUCACAAUGGCAGAUUAUAUGUUACCACUGACCUGAAGACCAAACAGGGUUUCACCCAUCCUCUUUUUUCUAUUGUUUUAUAUCUAUCUCUAUCUAUAAAUGCUAGAGAGUCAAAACGUCUGGAGACUGGCUCCAUCCAUCCCACCGAUCCUUCUUCCCCAUCCAGUAUGUCUGGUUUCUGUUUCUUUCCAUUGCAAAAUGAACCAUCCUCCCUCCCAGUAUCUUCCUGUUCUUUCUAAAUGUUAUUGUAAAGUGUUCCAGUGAGAUGACUCUAAUAUGUGUACAUUAAGAGAGGGGAAUACACUUGGUUAUAUACUUCUUA